UCGGAGGAGAUGAAGGGGUGGAGUGGCACGAAGCAGAGAGCUCGCGAGGCGCAUCGCUCUGACUGACAGCAGGAGAGAGAGAGAGAGAGAGAGAGAGAGAGAGAGAGAGAGAGAGAGAGAGAGAGAGAGAGACCGAACGCGCGCGACAGUCAUAGCGAGCCUGACUGACUGAAGAUUGAGGCGGUUAAAAAAACGAGAGCAGGACAAAUAAACCAUUGAAAACGCGUUUUAGGAAAGAAGAAAAUUAACCUUCAUCCGAAAUUGCACGACGGAAAGAUGCCGUUUACGCACACUGAGGUAAUGCGGACUCAAAGAUGAGGGAAAACUACAUUUGUGUGUACUUCAUUGUGUCUUCAUUCAAGAAAACAAAAUCAACAUGAUGUCAACUUUGAUGGACACACAGCAGUUUGAAUACACCUCAUCAGCUUGGAUAUAUUUGCCUACAAUUCAUAGGAAUCCUACUAUAAAGGGCUGUCAUUUUCAUUGGUUACUGACACCAAAGGACAUAAAGAAUCAGCAAGGAAGACCCUGAGUCCCUUAUCAGUUUCCUUGAAUCAAGAGGUCAAGUCAAACCACUCAAAGUCAGACUACUCAGACCUGGGAGGGAAAGGACAAUGCUGUAUACUCACUAGAUGGGCUUGUGAAGCAAAAAAGGGCAAGAAAAGGACAAGAAAUUUGUGGAUUUGUUUUGGAAAAUCGGUUUUAAAAACAGUGGGAUACACCGUCAGGAACUAUGGCCGCAGAGAGCCUUAUUGAACUCCGUGAUUGGUUGUUCCUACUUCUCCUGUGCUUGACGUUAUUGGUCGAAGUCCUCGAGUUUGCUGCGGCAACAGCGGCUGCUGCCGAGGCAGCCCUUGGAGAGGCAGAGCUUCAGGGAGAAGUGCCAUGUCCCUCUGCUUGCAGGUGUGAUGAUGGCUUCAUUUACUGCAAUGAUCGUGGCUUAAGUAUCAUCCCUCCGUUACCAUUAACAGCAGCUGUGCUCUAUUUGCAAAACAACCGAAUAGACAAUGCUGGGCUACCAACAUCUUUAGAGCGAAGAUUGACUGUUCGAGUGGUUUACCUUUACGAUAACGAACUCGAUGAUUUUCCGACACAUCUGCCUCCAUCUUUACGGGAACUUCAUCUUCAGGAUAACAACAUACGAACUUUACCUCGUUCUGCUCUUGCACGUCUCCCAUUGCUGGAGAAGCUUCACAUGGAUGACAAUUCGGUUUCGACUGUAAGUAUAGAAGACAAAGCAUUCGCCAACAACCCAAGGCUGAGACUUCUCUUCUUGUCACGUAACCACCUCUCUAGCAUACCAUCGGGGCUUCCAGCAUCGCUUGAGGAACUCAGACUGGAUGAUAAUCGAAUUUCCACUAUUCCAACGCAUGCAUUCCGAGGACUGUCCUCUCUGAGACGUCUCUUCCUUGAUGGAAAUCUGCUGGCAAAUCAACGAAUUGCAGAUGACACAUUCUCACGCCUGUCUAACCUAACAGAGCUCUCUCUGGUUCGUAACUCGCUCCAGGCACCGCCCUUAAACCUUCCAAGCACACAUCUUCUUCGACUCUAUCUACAAGACAAUGCCAUAGCCCACAUGCCACGAGGAUCCCUGGAUGGCAUGCGAAGACUACAGAAGCUGGACAUAUCAGGCAACAAUUUAACAACUCUUCCAAGAGGUUUGUUUAAAGACCUGGACAGCCUUUCACAGUUACUUGUUCGAGGGAACCCUUGGUACUGUGGCUGUAACCUUCGUUGGCUCCAUGACUGGUUGCACGAGCGUGGUUCAUCAGUGACAGUAAGAGGUUUAACUUGCCAUGGACCAGAGAGAGUAAGAGGCAUGGCACUAAAGGACCUUAGCAGUCAUUUGGAUGAGUGCGAAAUCAGUGUAGACAGUGCUGGAGGGAUGGUUGGAAAUGAUGGAGGAAAAAAAGAUCUAGGCAAUUUUCCAACGCAAGUACCAGGCACGACAACCCCUCCACUUCCCCAAGGGUCUCUAUUCACCCUCCGAUCCAGACGACCGGGAUACAAGUAUUCAGAUAUGGGACAGGAUAGUCUUGGUGGAAGUGGCAAUGUGGGUAAAUCGUUAUUAAUAAGUGUGAAACCACUCACACCAGAGACAGUUCAUGUAACCUGGCAUACUGCACACCCAGUUGCUUCCUUCAGGCUUUCCUGGCUACGACUAGGAAACAGUCCUGCAAUGGGCUCAAUCACAGAAACACUUGUGCCAGGGGAUCGACGUGAGUAUUUACUCACACAGCUGCAUCCCCAAUCAACUUAUAUAAUUUGCUUGGUGCCUCUCUCUGCAAAUGAAGGUAAAAGAACGUCCUUCGCAGCAGCAGGAGGGUUAAACAUGAACACAAACUCAGAGCACGAGCAUCCUGCUUGUGCCAAAACAGAGACAGAUCCCCUGGAGCAGCCUAUUUCAGACCAGGAGAGCGACCGAGGAACUGACCAAUUAUCAGCCUUACCACUUGCUGGAAUUAUUGGAGGUGCGACAGCAUUGGUCUCUUUGUUCUUAAUUUUUGGCAUCUUCUGUUGGUACGGACACCGUGCGGGGUAUCUUGCCGCAGGUGACAAUUCCAUCUACGGAAGGGAUGGUGGAUCACGGGGUGCCAGCAAACAUUAUGAUGACUAUGUAGAAUCUGGUACUAUAAAAGACACUUCAAUAUUAGAGAUCAGGGCUCAUGGUUUUCAAAUGACACCAAUGCCUGCCCAACAGCCGUUGCAGCCCAAGGCAAAAGUAGAGGAUAUGACUUACAUCCAUACUAUUUUUCCCUCUAAUAAUACAACUCUUUAUAGAAGCACUCUCAACCAUACUGGAAAUCCAGGCUAUGGAACAAACCGAGGGUACAGAGAAGGGGGAAUACCAGACAUAGAUUACUCAUACACGUGAUAGCCUUUUUUGAACCCCUGCCUAUUCUUUUCCUGUCUUCAGGUAAUGGAGUUUGGUAAGGGUUAGUUUUCCCUAGGUUCCAAAGUAGGGGUGUGCCGAUUUUGUGGGGACCUUUUUUUAAACUAUCACACUCAUAAUGUUACUACUGGAUAGUGGAUUUUUUAUCUAAAUAUUUAUAUGUAACAUAGCAUAGUUUUAAUACUGUUGGAGCAUUGGUAUAACAUUGUCGUUUCAAAUGUCAUUCAAUAUAAAAAAAAAAUUCAAUAAUUUAAUAAUCGGAAUUAAAGUAAAAUUUGAGUUAGUACAUUUAACUGUACAAUUUAUGGAAUUGAAUAAACUUUAAAGAUGCCAUUUUACAACAAAAAAAUAAGGCUAUCCAAAAAAAGUACUGAUAAUACUUUACAAUAAGGUUCCAUUCAUUGACAUUAACUAACAAUAAGCAGUAUAUAUAUAUUUAUAGCAUUUAUUAAUCUUAGUUAAGUUAAAACCAAUACAAUUAUUUAUUUGUUCACGUAAAUUCAUUGUGCAUUAACUAAUGUUAACAAAUUCAGCAUUUACAUUCAAAAAUGUAUUACUGAUUGUUGAAAUUAACAAUAACUAAGAUUAAAAAAUGCUUUAGAAGUAAUUCUCAUUGUUAGUUCAUGUUCACCAAGUUAAGUCUAUUAAAGGGGACAUUUCACAAGACUUUUUUAAGAUGUAAAAUAAAUCUUUGGUGUCCCCAGAGUACAUAUGUGAAGCUCUAGCUCAAAAUACCACACAGAUAAUUUAUUAUAGCAUGUUAAAAUUGCCACUUUGUAGGUGCCAUUUUGGGUGUGUUUUUUUAAAUGAUCUCUGCACUAAAUGGCAGUGCCGUGGUUGAUAGUGCAGAAUAAGGGGCUGUAUUAUUAUAACAAGAUCCUUUUCUGACAUCACAAGGGGAGCCACAUUUUAUUGACCUAUUUUUUCAAAUACUUGCAGAGAAAGGUUUACCAAAACUAAGUUACUGGUUUGUUCUUUUCCAUAUUUUCCCAAUUAUAGCACUUAUACAUGGAAAAAGUCAGAUUUUCAUGAUAUAUCCCCUUUAACAAAUGGAACCUUAUUGUAAAGUGUUAGCAAAGAUUCUUAUUUUAAUUAAUUUAGUAUUUUAAGUACAGUGUAAGGACAGUACAUUAAAGAAAACACUUACUUUGGUAAUAAAGAAAAAGGGACACAUGAAAUGAUUGUGAUAUGUGAAUGAAGCAGGUUUUCAUUCGGCACACCCCUAUUCCAAAGUACCCCUUUGUGCCUCCUCCAGUCCAUUAUCAAAACAAUGUUCUUAAAGGGCAAACGACCCUCUUGAACAUACAUGCUCAUCUACAAUAGUCAGAAAGUGCCAGGGAUACCACUCUUGGUGUUGAUGUUAACCAAUAUUCGGAAGAUAAACAGUUCUUGCAUUUUAGUACCAAUGAUUAUCAGUUUCCUAAAACUAGCUCAUUUUAAGGGUUAGCAUGAUGAUGGGACCAGGUCCAUAUAGAUAUAGUUUACUACGUGGAUUGUACAGUGUGUAUGUGUAUAAUAUAUAUAUAUAUAUAUAUAUAUAUAUAUAUAU